AUGGUACGAGACAGCAAACGUGGUCACGGUCAGUGGCGUGGCUGUUACGGAUUCCAAGACAAGACCACUCAGGGCAGCGAACCAAAGCGCAGUCCAAGUCGUGGUCUUUCCAUGGGGGAAAGGUAUUACUACUACUACGAAUUCGACGGAACUUCGGAGGAAUUUAACCCCUCGGAGCCCUUUACUACCCGCUGUCCCUAUCUUCCAGGCCAGCAGGUCAACAUUCUCGACGUUCCUGUAGAACAAACACUCAAGAGGACACGGAGUGCAUCAAUGAACUCGUUGCGACCUACCGACUUCAAGACCAUGGAUCCCCAGGACAAGUACAUCACACCGCGGCCUGCUCCAACAGCACCGCUUACACUGGGCCCGAGACGGGGUACUUCUACCGGUAUUCGGCUCAAACACAAGUCAUCGACCCGCUCAUUAUCACCUGCAUCGGUUCCUGGCUGGACUGGUAAAGCCAAACGACUGUUUGGCCUCAGGCCUUCGAGUCGCUCCAGCGAUCGCGAUUGGACCCCAGAGACUGUCGAUUCAGAGGACUCAACGUCCUUCACAGCUAGCACACAGAGACCAGACGAAGGGACUAGGAGCACUACACCCUCUGAGGGUUCCCGCUCGCGUGACAUGUCACCCGAGUCGCUUCGCCGAUUCCUGCUGGAUAACAAGCCAGUCGCCCAGUCUCCAGUGCUUCAUUCACAGAAACUCACUAUUCCCGACGAUAUUGUAGAGGAGAACGAAGACGAUGACAACUUUGCUACUUCUGCCACUUCGGAGCAUGCAUCUUUCAACCCUCUAUCGCCACCUCCUUUCAAGCGGACUCAGUCCUCGCCCGCAAUGGCGGGACUGAAAACUAUAUCCACAAGCCCAAUGAUCCCAAACAUGAUCCAUGAGCUUACAAAGCCCCAAUGCAGAGACGACUCUGCAUUGGAAGACUUACGGCGCGGCUCCAUUGCCAGCGUCAAAUUAUCUGUACCGCCACCUCGCCUUCCCUGCUCGACAACAUCGUCAGCAGCCCCUUCUCCAAUCUCACCGCAAUCAUUCGACUCCCCCCACAAUAACAACUUUUCCUUCUUUGAGGACAUGACUCCCGUCGACCAUGGCUUCUCGUUCUUCGACGACCUGCCCGAGGACGACAAGAGGAUUUCCGGCGUUCCCGAAGAGCGGUUCCGCCAGCCGUCGCUCACGGCCUACAGUCUACCUCACUCCGGUAUGGUGGGUCAAAAGGACCUACCUGUUGACGCCGCCGGUCGCUCUUUCGGCUCACCCAGCCUAGUAUCUGGAGAUGCACACGAGAUUGACUCGUCUUCACUUCUCUCGGUCAAGGGCAUCGAUGCGGGCUUUGACGACCUCGUGAACGAGCUCAGCUGGAUUGCCCGUGCAAUCUAA